AUGCAAAAUCUAUAUAAACCUGAAAAGGUUACUAGUACUAGUACUAUUACUACUACUACUACUGCUACUACUACUACUACUACUACUACUACUACUACUAAUACUACUACUACUACUACUACUACUACUACUACUACUACUUUAAACAGGAUGAUGAGAUACAAUAUAUCAUCCAAUCUAUCAAUAUCAUUAUUUCUGAUCGUGAUCUGGUUAUACAGAUCCUUCAAUUGUAUAGAUAUUUGCAAACAUCCAGAUCCCCAACAUUAUCAUAGACAAGUAUUUGAAAAUGAUACAUAUCAUCUUUCUCUUCAUUAUAAUUAUUUACUUAGAAUUAGUCGUCGUCCAUUAGUUUUAAAUGGUAACUUUCAUCCAUUCCCUCCUCCUCAACACAUAACCACGAAAUUCAUAUUUCCAUAUUAUAAUAACGAUGUUGAUCAAAUUGUUAUUUAUCGUCAUCGAGGUAAAGGUUUAAUAGAGAUAUUCAAUGAUAAGAAAUUUGGAACAAUUUCAAAUUAUAUUAGAUUUUUCUCAAAAGUUAAACUUAAAAUAUUCAGUGAUGAUAAAUUAUUCGCUGUCAAAUCAUCUUUUAUGGAAAAAGUUAAAAAUAAAGAGAUUACAGCCAAGAUAACUAAUGUGAUAUAUCCUAAUGGGAAGAUAUUAUUCUAUUAUGAGAAUAUUCCCAAGGAAAUUAAAAUGAGAAAACGGGAAUCGAAAAUCACUGGUGAUAUAAAGUGUGAAACAGGUAAUAUGGUAUAUGAAAUAGAUGUUCCUGUUAAAUGGAUCAAAACUGGUACAUUAGUGGAGUAUGAACCCAUAGGGAAUAUUUGUCCAAAAUACAAUUCAAUUGAAGAAUGUCAAUACGAAACAACAUGUAUUUGGUUGAAAGAAGGUAACAUAUGCAUACCCAAUAAUGAUAAAGAUAAAAAUCAUUCGAUAGCAAACGUAUUGCCUAUUCAGAAUAGUUCAGAUGUUAACGUAUUGAGUCCAUCAACAACCAUCAAACAUAAUGAAACAACAUCGAAUAUGAUUGAAGUUGAGGUUGUGAAAAAGCUGAAUGGAACAUCCGAAGAAACUGUUCAACACUCGGUAAAUAUUUGAUAUUUAAUAAUAAAUGUUACUUUUUUGUUUUUCUUCAAAAUAUGACUACGUACACAAACAAAGAGAAACAACAGAAGAAGUCACCUCAGUACUUAUAUAUUAUGUUUCCUUUGUGAUUCAUCAUAUCUAUUCAGAUUUGAGUACAAUAGCUUCUUUCCAUGGAAAUAGUAAACAACAGAUAAAUAGUGUGGAAAAGAAGAUUGAGGAGCUGUAGCAUAAGAUUUUGGCAUUACGAGUGAAUCAUUAAGAGGAUAAUAUGUGUUACACUUGUGGAGGGACAGGAAACUUUAAGAUAUACUGUCCAACGAGAAGAAAUCGGAUAUAUUUUAAACGUUAUAACACGUUGUUUUCUCUUCUAUCAUCAUGACUGACAAUAGUGUAUAAUGAUUAGUGAAUUCAAUGAAUAAUCACAAUUGAUUGAUCACUGG